AUUCAGGUAUUACACACUACAUAUCCUGGGCUGUUACACAUUCAGGUAUUACACACUGUAUGUCCUGGGCUGUUACACAUUGUUAUUACACACUGCAUAUCCUGGGCUGUUACACAUUCAGGUAUUACACACUGCGUGUCCUGGGCUGUUACACAUUCAGGUAUUACACACUACAUAUCCUGGGCUGUUACACAUUCAGGUAUUACACACUGCGUGUCCUGGGCUUGUGUCAUGUCCUGGGCUGUUAUACAUUGUUAUUACACACUGCAUAUCCUGGGCUGUUACACAUUCAGGUAUUACACACUGCGUGUCCUGGGCUGUUACACAUUCAGGUAUUACACACUGCAUGUCCUGGGCUUGUGUCAUGUCCUGGGCUGUUACACAUUUAGGUAUUACACACUGCAUGUCCUGGGCUGUUACACAUUCAGGUAGUACACACUGCGUGUCCUGGGCUGUUACACAUUCAGGUAUUACACACUGCAUGUCCUGGGCUGUUACACAUUCAGGUAUUACACACUGCGUGUCCUGGGCUUGUGUCAUGUCCUGGGCUGUUACACAUUUAGGUAUUACACACUGCAUGUCCUGGGCUGUUACACAUUCAGGUAUUACACACUGCAUGUCCUGGGCUGUUACACAUUCAGGUAUUACACACUGCAUGUCCUGGGCUGUUACACAUUCAGGUAUUACACACUGCAUGUCCUGGGCUGUUACACAUUCAGGUAUUACACACUGCGUGUCCUGGGCUGUUACACAUUCAGGUAUUACACACUGCAUGUCCUGGGCUUGUGUCAUGUCCUGGGCUGUUACACAUUCAGGUAUUACACACUACAUAUCCUGGGCUGUUACACAUUCAGGUAUUACACACUGCAUGUCCUGGGCUGUUACACAUUCAGGUAUUACACACUACAUAUCCUGGGCUGUUACACAUUCAGGUAUUACACACUACAUAUCCUGGGCUGUUACACAUUGUUAUUACACACUGCGUGUCCUGGGCUGUUACACAUUCAGGUAUUACACACUACAUAUCCUGGGCUGUUACACAUUGUUAUUACACACUGCGUGUCCUGGGCUGUUACACAUUCAGGUAUUACACACUACAUAUCCUGGGCUGUUACACAUUGUUAUUACACACUACAUAUCCUGGGCUGUUACACAUUCAGGUAUUACACACUACAUAUCCUGGUCUGUUACACAUUGUUAUUACACACUGCGUGUCCUGGGCUGUUACACAUUCAGGUAUUACACACUACAUAUCCUGGGCUGUUACACAUUGUUAUUACACACUACAUAUCCUGGGCUGUUACACAUUCAGAUACUUUUAUUACUUUUCCAAUAA